AUUUGGAUAAGAGCUGACACACUAAGUAUUAUUUCCGAAUAAAGUUACUUAGUGUAGUGAUGCUGCUAAGCCUUUCUGCUGACAUCGUGUGGACAACACUUUCAGAGCAUCAGUUUAACACUGUAGCUUAUGGGAAAGUGUUUGGUAAUAAAGAAGAUGUGGUGAUAUUGGCAGGAGAAGAUGGAGUUGUACGCGUUUAUGAAAAACCCACUACAUCUAAAAAGGAGAUAACUUUAAAGCCAGUAAGAUCACUUGAAACAAAAUGCGGACCAGCCCUUCACGUCUUACUAAGAGAUCUAACUCGGUUAUCUCCAUGUGAUAUGCUGGUAGGUGAUGCAAGGGGUUCAGUGGUUUUGUUUUGUGAUGGUCAGAUAUUGGAUCGAAGAGGAACGUUUAGUGGAAAGUCUUCUCGUAUAACGGCUCUCAGUGCUCAAGAAACCUCACUUGGCAAGGUGAAUAUUAUACUGGGUAGAGAUGACGGCGAGAUCAUCUGUUUUAACACUUUCACUCAACUAUGGAAACUGAGAUUGUCAGAUGUUUCAAAACAGAGCCGAGAUGCUUUGGUAUCAGUAACAUGUCUUCUACCCGUCUCUGUGGUAACAUCAUGGUCGAAUGGAAAAGCAGAAGAUUAUGUUUUAGUCGCAGACUCUCAAUCCUGCUUGCAUGUUCUGCAAGAUGGUGAAAUAUUAAGCUCCAUACAACUGCCUUCUACUGCAAAUUGUAUGUGUGCUGGGAGCUUCCUACUCCAUGAAGAUACAAAUCCAAACAAGAAAAUGUUAACUCAAAUUGCACUUGGUUGCAUAGACGGCUCUAUUUGGAUAUGUGUGGAUUUUUGUUUGAGCAAUGCAUCUCCUUACACAGAGAUAGGACACCCCGUCACGCAGCUUCGUUGCGUGUCAACCAAACACAACUAUACACACAAUUCCCCUGUUGGGAAUGGAGAGAAUAAUGUGGUUGAUAUUUUGGUCUGUGGGGGACAUUUUUCAUCACUCAAACUUUUACAGCAUGGCAAGAUUUUGCACACAGUGCCACUGCCGAGCUGGCCAGUUACGUUAUGUGGAUUACAUGAUUAUAAAGGUGAUAAACUGCUGAGUAAUGAUGUCAGAAUGAUUCUUGUGGGUUGCCAAGAUUCAACUUUACACCUUGUUUCAAUAACUUGAUUUUUUUUCGCUAUCAGUAUUACUGUACUAAAUGGGUUUUGGGAAGUCACACCUGAGAUGUAGGGAGUUGGUCUAUAUAUCCAACUACUUCUACAUUGUUCCAUAGUUCAACCCAAUAAAUCUGGUUCAUGAAUUAAAUUACAAAGCUAGCUAUG